AUGUCACGUAUUAGAAAAGUCAUAGGAGGCCUCAAGCCUGCGUUUCUGAUGGUGGUGGUUCAAUUUUCUUAUGCUGGGGUUAGCAUUUUGUACAAAAUGGUUGCAAAUGAUGGCAUGAGUUUGAGUGUCCUUAUGGCCUAUCGCUUUCUCUUUGCAUCUCUUUUCAUGGUUCCUCUUGCCUACCUUGUCGAAAGAAAGAGCAAGCCACGAAUCACAGUACAAGUACUCAUUCAAGCAUUUCUUUGUGGAUUAUUUGGGGCAUCCUUACAACAAAAUUUGUUCGUGGAAGCAGUGGCUUUGGCAAGUGCAACAUAUGCUACGGCCAUGUACAACCUCAUUCCUGGUGUUACAUUUAUCUUAGCCGUCAUCUUUGGAUUAGAAAGGCUGAACAUUAAAGCAUCAACAGGGAAAGCCAAGGUGCUUGGAACUGUGAUGGGAAUAGGUGGAGCCAUGAUGCUCACAUUCUGUAAGAGCACUGAGAUUCACAUCUGGUCAACGCAUGUGAACCUGAUGCGACAUCUACAGCCACACGAUGUGCCUGAAACUCAAGUUUGGGGCACUUCUCUUGCUUUGGGCACUUGUGUAUCCUAUUCAAUAUGGUUGAUAAUUCAGGCUAGGAUGAGCGAAAAGUUUCCCUGGCAUUACACAAGUGCGGCAUUGAUGUCAGUGAUGGCCUGCAUUCAAUCAAUUAUAUUUGCUCUAGUGAUGGAAAGAAAAAACUGGAGUCGUUGGAAGCUUGGCUGGAAUAUCAGACUUCUCACUGCAGUUUAUACGGGUGUUGUGGCAUCUGGACUGGCUUGGGUUCUCAUAACGUGGUGCGUGUGCUUAAAGGGCCCACUUUUUGCUUCAAUUUUCAACCCCCUCUUCCUAGUUCUAGUGGCCAUUGCAGGGUCUCUGGUGUUGGAUGAAAGGCUCCAAUUGGGAAGCAUAAUAGGUUCAUUAUUGAUUGUGUUGGGGCUAUACACUGUCUUGUGGGGUAAAGGAGAAGAAUUUAAGAGAACUAUCAAGAUGAAGCUAACAAAAGGCUCAUUCGAAGUUGAAUCAUUGGAGACAAUUACCAAAAAUCAUGCAAAUGGUAAAUGUUUUGAAAAUGAUAAUAGUGACAUGAAUUCUGGUAUUACUGUUACUACCGUAAAAGAAGGAAAAGGACAAAGUGAAGUGGAAGAUGCUUCAACAAAUGGGACCGGAGAAAAUAAAAUUAAGGAAAUUCCAAUUGACUAUGAAGGACCAAAAAGGUAG